AUGACGAAAGUGGAGGGUUGGAAUGCUACUGGUUUAGUGUCAUUAACAUUAAUUAUCGUCGUUAUUAUAAAGCUCUUCGGUAUCGCCAUUGCGUACUCUGAUCUGGUGGACAUGAGCGGUGACUGGUCGUAUUUAAUAGAAUUUGGUUUUGGCGUUAUAUUAAUCGCCAUUGUAGUCGGAAUAGAGUUGCUCGUAAUUAUGCGCACGCUGCAUACAGUGGCUGUUAUCGCUGCUGUAUUCGGUACAUUCCUCAGCUCGGUAUCACUGAUGGAUCUUCAUCAGAAUAUGAGCGUCAACUCUUGGUGGUGGGAGAAAAAGCUGAUCAACGGAUGCAUGUACCAAGUGUUUAGGCAAUACACACUGUUAUGGUGUCUACGAAUCGAGGAGAAACCACGCGUAAUAACGAUAUUCGAUAGCGCGCCUAACGAGCAAGAGCUCGACGUGACUAUAUCAAAUAGCCAAUGAAGUCUAAUACUUAUCCUUUUAAUGUUGCAUUAACUCUUUCUAUAAAUAUAACAUUC